AUGGGUGUGAUCGUUGGACCUUUUGUUCUGAAGCUGAAUGCGAGGACCACAGUUGUGACUAGAAUGGGAAGAAACUCCAGGGACUUGAUGUUCUGCAGGAUCUUUAUUUCGGGGCUUGUUGGAUUUCUGCUGUUGGUAACAGCUGAGGCCAGAGUUGGAAACUCCUCUAGCCUGGAGUUCUGUACUGAGACACAACAGUGUCUCCUGUUUGAUCUCAUUUGUGAGACUGGAGACUAUGAGGUCCGUCACUACAAGUCUGUGAAAUGGGUUUCAACCAAGGAGACAUCCUUCUUCAUGGAGAUGGCAUCAAUGAGAGCCUUCAGGAGACUGUUUCAGUACAUCACCGGUGCUAAUGAGAAUGGAAAAAAGAUUGACAUGACAGCUCCUGUUCUUGUGAAAAUGGUUGACAAGAGAUUCUGGGAAAUGGGUGUGUACACAAUGAGUUUCCUGCUGCCAGCUGACCAUCAGAUGAAUCCACCCAAACCUACUGAUGAUAAGGUGUACAUCGAGCAGAUGCCAGACACGAAGGUGUAUGUGCGGAGCUACGGGGGAUGGAUGACAUCCAUGUCUGACUCUAACAAUGCUAAGAGUCUCUCCUCUGCUCUCAACUCAGUUAGUGCAGAAUACAAAAGAGGCUUCCACUAUGCUGCUGGAUAUAACAGUCCAAUGACGAUGUUCAACAGGCAUAAUGAGGUCUGGUUUGUCGCUGAGGAUGAACCGGUCUGUCCCAGCAGCGAGGAAUUGGAGUAUUCUAUUUUGUCUUGAAUACUGUGACCCCUGUGGAACAACAACUUAGAGCUGACAGUAUAUAUGGUGAGCUGUAUAUGUUGUAGAUGGACAUUGCUUCAAGUCUUAAUGUGGCAAUUAAAUAACUGGCCAGUGA